AGGCUUUUGACGAUUCUUUGAGAAGUUGUAAAAUCAGUAUGGAAGGAAGCGCAGCGAACGAAGAAGGUAAUAUUUUUCUUUCUCGUUUGUAAUUAUGUCUUAUACACCAAAUAAUAAGUGUGGUUAUUCUUGUCGCAGAGUCUGGUCUAGUGCGAAUUCUGAACGUGGAACAUGAUGCAGAGGUGAGUUCAGCUCCCCCUACCUCCCAAAGACACUUAUAGACUUUGGGAGAACUAAAUCACUGCCGCUAGAGAGAAUCUGCCGUAACUGAAGAUUCUUUUUUAAUCUUGCAGGAUGUUGACCUGACUCAUGCAAAAAUUGAAAAGCUAGAAAGCUUUGAGAGACUGACUCGUGUUAAGGUAUGGUUUUUGGUGGACUUGCAGUCUCCCUUCCCCUCAAAAUGAUUGUCAUUGACCAAUUUCCAAUCACAUGCAUAUGACCUGCCAUCUACACAUUCUUAGAAUAUUUCCAGCACAUGAUAAAAACCCUGAUUAAAGCACAAAUUUGCUCAUGUAGAAUGUAAAUGAAGUACCCUGUACGUUAUCCAUUCUGUCUUGAUACUUACAGUAAGUAACUGUAAAUCUACUUGUUAAGGCUGAUAUACAUGUAGACAUAAUGACCAGACUUGCCUUGUUUGUUUUCAGUCUCUUUGUUUAAGAAGAAAUAAAGUCACUAAGAUUGAAGGACUGAGCACAUUGACAACCCUUGAAGAGCUGGACUUAUAUGAUAAUCAGAUUACACAGAUAGAGGGACUGGACAACAACACCAACCUCACGUGAGACAAAACUCUGUACUUAACAAAAAUGGCAACAGAAAAUAUCAUGUUUCAAGCUGGACAAAGGGGCUAAUGCUCUGACAAAGGGCUAACAUUCUAAACAUCAGCUUUAGAAACUCUUUACCAUGGCCAAUUUACUUUAUAUACUCAGUUGAUACAACCAAACUAUCCUUUACUAGCCCCCACUGAUGCAGCAUUAAAGUUUCUUAAUCCUUUAACUCCCAUGAGUGACUGAGACAAAAUUUCUCCUUACAAUAUCAAUGCAAUGUCAACCAGAUCAGUGAUGAGAAUAAAGAAAAACAUCAAUUUGGGGAUAAUUUGUUGAUCCAAUACUAAAUUCUCUGAACUAACAAAUAAGAAUUUUAUUGUUGAUAGUAAGGAGAAUUACAAAUUUUAUCUGGGAGUUAGAGGGUUAAGAAACUUAUCCCCUUAUUAAUUGUUUGUAGAAUGAGACUGUCAUUUUAAUUCAGGUUAUUCUGAGGGCCAAUUAAAGUGAUGUUUUGACCCUUGCAUUUGAUGAAAAAAUUGUAAUCUUGACAGUCUUUUAAAAGCACAUCAUAAAUUAUGCCAUAAGCAAUGCUAAGUGGCAAAAGGUUUUGGUGUAAUUCCUGGCCUGGCAGGUAAUGCAGGUAACAAAAUUUGUUUACAAUGACUUAAAGGAAAAUCACUCCAUAUCAAGUUUAAAUCCUCUAAAAGUUGAAAUUGAAAGGGUAUGCUCUGGAUCCUGUACCUUCAUCUGCACCUUUCAUGGCAACAACUACAGUAACUGUAAUGUGAGACAGUAAGCCAUAAUUUGAGGGAUUGAAACAGCUAUAAGUGUUCCCUCUUUUUGACCGUGUUAAAAUAACUUAACUUAAUGUUCAUAUGAAUUGCAUAAUUGAUUACUAAAGAAUUAAAAGAUUUUCUGAAUUGAAAGUUUUGUUCUUACUAAAUCUUCAGGAGUUUGGAUUUGUCCUUUAACUUGAUCAAAACAAUUGAAAACCUGGGAUGUUUGGUGAAAGUGACAAAGUUGUUUCUGGUUUCAAACAAGAUCUCCAAGAUCGAAGGACUUCAGAAUCUACCGCAGUUAGAAAUGCUUGAACUUGGUGCAAAUAAAAUAAGAGUAAGUGUUAUUUAUCUGAUACACGUAUAGUGGAAGUUCCUGUCAAUGAACACCUUUAGAACUAUGAUAAUGUGUUCAUAACGGGAGCUAGCUGCUUGGAAGAAAGUUUGUUUUGAGUGGCAGAUAGAGGUGUGAGUAAAAGAUGUGCAAUUUUACCCAGUUAAAAUUCAAAUUACAUGUGUAAGAUUGGUGUUUCAAACUGUACCCAAGUGAUUAAAGGUAUGGUAACUAGACUAAGAAUAAGACAUGGUGCUGUUCACUGCGCAAUAAAUGCCCUGUGAAAUCAUUGUGUCAAACAGCAAAGAAGAAUUGGCUGAUUUACAUAAGAUUCAGUUGAGUCUAAUGGGUUUUACCUUCAUGGGUGCUUAAGUGCAAAGAAGAAAACUCCUUUAAAGUAUCUAUGGCCACUUACAAGAAUGUGUGCCAUUGGGAAUGUGAAAGUACUGUCUAAUGGUGUUUCUAACAGGGUUUUGUGAAGGUGGUUAUCAGUAGAGCUGCUUGCUUGUGAAAGUGUCUGUUUAGAGAUCUUCCAGUGUCAUACCCCUUUUUCUACUAGAAAGCCAAAUGUAGGUUUUCAUUUGCUUUUGAUUUAAGGUUCUAGAGGGGUUUGAACAUCUCACACAGUUGCAUAGUUUAUUUGUGGGAAAGAAUAAGAUCACAAAGCUUGAGGUGGGUGCCAAGUUUGCUUUUUUGUGUAGAUGUGUUUGGUUAUCACAAGUUGACAAUUAAAAGAUGAAAUUUGUACUUGUUGUCAAUGGUAAACUUUUUUCUCAAAAGGACCAAGUGACUUGGUCAUUUGUCCAUUCCUGAUUUUCAGGAAGUGUGCACAUUAUAGGACAAAGCAUUGGCAAGUCCUAAAUUAUUGCCUAUUGUUAGCCAAAUAUCACAUUUUCUGCACAAGCCUUUGCGGAGACAUCUUAGAUUUUCAAAUCUUCCUACUGUUCAUCGCGGGAAAACUUGAAAUCCUAAAAGAGAUCGCGACCGCAAAAAAAGAACUUCCGAAAUUUUAUCGCACGUGGGCUUUUUUACUUUAAUUUUUCAUACUACUGUUGUUUUAGGUUAGACUUAUACUUAACUUCAUUUUUGAGACCUGUAUGUUUACUUGUGAUUGUCUUUUAAUUGAAAAGAACUUUGUAAACACACCAACCGUAAAUUAAAUUAAUGUUAAUAGUAUUGUAAUACAUGUAUUGUAAUGUAGUGUAUGCAUAAUUUGUGUAAGUAUAAGUAUCAGUAGUGUUAGUAGCAAGUACAAUGUAAGUGUAAUUAAUGCUGUAAGUAGUGUAAGUGAUCGUCUUGUAAAUAAAAUUGUUUAAAAAAAAAAAAAAAGUGUGCACAAGUUUUCAGUUAAAAUUGUGAUAUUUUCUUACUACUAUGAUUACUAUUGUGACAAGUUGUUGUUAUUUUUUUUUUGUUUGUCAAUACUUGUGGAAAUUUUAUUUGUUUUUCAGAAUCUUAGUUGUCUCACAAACCUGAAGCUUCUUAGUAUACAGGUAAGUGGAGUCAGAGUUAAAAAAAAAGGUUGGAUGUGUUGUACUGUUCAAUUGCUGUAAGACUAUCGUAAUUUUGACAACAAUUUUACUGUAGAUGCUAAAGUGUUGCAAUAAUUGCAUUUCAAAUUGAUUGUCUUCACAUGUAUUACCAAAUCUUACAAUGCUUUGUCUGAAUAAAUAGGGGCAUUUUUAAUGGCCAACCAUUUUUAAGCCAAGAUAUUUUUUUUAUCUUUGAAUGUGGGAGAUGUAAUGGUGGUAUAUUUUGUGUAGUGGACUUCAGGGGAGGGGUCAAGGUUUGAACUCAGGGUGGUUCAUUGGGUUGAGUUAUUGAGUAAAAUACUCAACUCUUGCAAGGUCUCCCAUCACCUGGAAGGGGGGGAUAAGUCUCCCUUCAAUUGGGUGGGAUAAUUCUCCCUUCACUUAGGGAGGGUAAGUAUCCCUUCACCUAAGGGUGAGGGGUAAGUCUCCAUUCACCCAGGAAAAGGGGGGUAACCUCUAGUGGACCAAUAUCCUCACCAUACAUGUGUUCCUAAUGGAAAGCAGAGAUAUACUCUGGCAGUUUGGGCCACUGGCUCAAGAGUAACCUUACCAUGUCAGUGAUCAAAUUACAGUUAGAUCGCACCAUGGUUAGAUCACUCCAACCUAAAGUUAAAUCGCUCCACUUGAAAGUUAGAUUGCUCCAUCAAAUAAGUGACUUCACCCCUGAACUGUGCAGAAAGAACAAAUAAAGCCUCAUGUAAGGGACUCAUGAAGUGCAAUCUACUUUAUUAAUUAAAGAUGGUGGAUAUCAGUUUCCUUACAUCAAACAGCAAGAAAGGCCACACUGGAUAGUAUUGGUAUUUUAAUGAUCCUUUCCAAUACACUUCAGACUAGAAUGUUAUAAUUUAUUCCACAAUCAUUUAUUCCAUCAUUGCCAUACAUCAUACAUCAGUAGCGCAGUGGCUAAUCUGAAGGACAGAGUGAGUACUAUGUACUGGAAUUGUUGCAAGAUACAUCAUCACCUAUAAGCUUUAAAAAUCAUUGGAAAGUAAUACUUCACAUUACAACAUGGAAUAAAUUAACUUGUGUUGGUAAUGAAGUAACUUAUUUGAUGGAGCAAUUUAUUUAUUUUAUUUGAUGGAGUAAUCUAACUGGGAGCGAUCUAACCAUGGUGCGAUCUAAUGAGAUACCUGGUGAUCUGUUCAUCAGAACCUGGUCACAUGUUCUGUUUUCUUGACAGUUUUAUCAUAAAAGGAUAAAACUUAUUAUUACUAUUUUUUUUAUCAUAGAGUAAUCGUAUCGUUAAGCUAGAGGGUUUGAACAGUCUAAUGAACCUAGAAGAACUCUACAUCAGUCAUAAUGGCAUAGAGGAAAUAGAAGGACUUGAUAAUCUGGUGAGUGGAAAAGAGCUAGCUUUUUUAUGUUUAUGGGAGUCUUUCAAUAACAUGAAAAUUCCAAAGGUGCAGAGCCAUGGGUGUGGAUUCAUUUCUUGUCACUGUAAAUCAAUACCAUAUAGAUAAUCUUAAGGUAGAAAAAAAAAACAGAAUAGCUCUGGAACCUCAAAUCUCAAUUCAGGAACAUGACCUAAUGAGCCAAGUGAUAUAUUUGACAUGUUUCCUAAAAAGUCUGCAACAUGAUGGAUGGUAGCAUAUGAUGCAUUUUCAGUGACACAUCUCCCACCCAGCAGUGCAUAAGUUCUUGAAAGGUGUUGAAAUUGGUGGAAAUUUUUAUCAAAGUAGACUGGCCUCCUUCCAUCAGGAAAAAGGGAUUACUUUAAUUUACUUUUAAAAAAUUAUAUUGAGUUGCAAUCAUUAUCGUGAACAUCAUGAACAUCUCUUCUAUGUUUCUUAUGUGUCAACUAUGUACACUGAACAGUAAGGACAGAGUGGGUGCUGUAUUGUAAUGCGCCCUUACCGUUACUCUUUUGUUUGCACAGACAAAUCUUAAAACCCUGGACUUAGCAUCGAACAGGAUAAAAAGAAUCAGGAAUAUCUCCCAUCUUGUCAACUUGGAAGAAUUCUGGGUAUAUUUAUUAACAUUUUGAUUUUGUACUAAUUACUGGAGCGCUAAACAUGUAAACUUGUAAAGUUCAUCCUAUUAGUUGAAAAUCCCUAUUCGUUAAAAGCAAAGCAGGUAACUAUUUACAAGACGCAGUCAAGGAGCUAAAUUAGGGACUGCAGUGAAAGAAUUUCAGUUUUGUGGCUGGGAAAAGAUUUGAACAGGGAUAAACAGGUUUCCAAUAAGCUACCCGCCCCCACCCAGGCACUUGGUAUUGUUGUCUAUAUUUUUUCACUUUUUAGUAAAAGCAUCACUAUAUUAAUGGGUGACACCCCUUCCCCCCUCACCAUUAUUCAAGCGUCCAAGAUCAGCAAAAUGACUCAGUACAGGUACUUUGAAAGUGAGCGCUCUUUCCCAUUAGCAAAAUUGGUAUUUAUCAGCCACGGGGCGUUUGCCAUAAGGUAUGAGGAGCUCAGAGAGUGUGGGCUUAUUACGACGUGAGAGUAAGAUGCAGGAAUCAUUUUAACAGAGCCCGUUCACAAACUCUCUAAUUUCUUUUAGAUAAUCAUCUAUAAUGCAAGGUAAAUUAUAGCUGCGAGGGAUUUAGUGAACGCACCGGGGUGGGGUGGAGUGGUAGUAAGGGUGGGUUUCGCGCUCAUUUGCAGCCACUCGCCCCUCGCCUCUUUGCUUAACUAUGAAACAAUUCAAUACCAAACAAAAACAGACACUGAAACGAAACGAUUGUCGCCUUACUGUUUUCGACAAACCAGCCGAUCUAUUGCUCAAAUAAUUAAUCAUCAAAAAUUUAGGCCUGUCAGGGUUUUAAAUUUCUUCGUUGUUCUCCACAUGCAGUUCAAUGACAACCAGUUAGACUCGUGGGAAGAUCUGGACCAGUUCAAGAACUGCACCAAGCUCCAAACAGUGUACUUGGAGAGAAACCCCAUCUGGCGAGACACAGCGUACAGGCGGAAAGUUAAACUCGCUCUUCCAACAGUCACACAGAUUGAUGCUACGUUAUGUGGAUGAUAGAUAGAUGAAAUUGGAGCAAUUUUCAAUUGAGGCGCGAAAGUCGAAUGCAGGAUUGCAUAAGAUUUACCUUAAUACACUCUGUGAUUGGCCUAAAAAACUUGAGCCAAUUCGUCAGCGAAUAAGAGUCAAAACUAAAAUCAAUCACGACUUUAUCGCUCGUGUUUUCCCGCGCUCCAUGCUCGUGGGCAUAUUUCCUUUAAUGCGAUAGACCAUUGUGAUUAUUUUGGAUUUGGUAUUCGAAACUCAAUUGAAAAGUGCCCAUUUGCUUGCGACGGACAAAGUCGGAAAAAAAAACUUAAAAUUACAGCUUUUCAGCAAGAAGAAAUCUGAAUCGUUGAUGGUAAAGUAACGCAAAACAGGAAUUUCUGAGGACGAAGAUUGGAAGCUAGAGAAGAAGGAAAAAAGGAUAAGAAUUGGAGAGAGAUUGAUCCACAUUAUGAGUUGUUAAGGCUUAGACGUACAUUUUCAUCGAGGGAGGAGUGACACGAGGACGUUGGAUGGUAAAAAGAGCACUAGUCUUAAAACAUCAGAUAUAUUUUAGGCUCUCAAAUUCGUUGGCCCUGACGCUAUUGGCACAGAUUUUAUUCAUUUGCGAAGGUUUGGAAAUUUUGAUAAUAAGAGACUUAAAUAAAAAAAAUUAAAAAAAGGGAUGUUUCGAGACAAUUUUUACGAAGUUUGCAAAGGGUCUGUCAUAA